GUGACAUACAGUCCAUACUUCCGAAGAAGAAUUGAGAGCUCUACAUAAAAUCAGAGAUCACCUCACACCUCUCGCCAUCAACAGCAACCCAAAUUCGAAGCAAUGUCCUCUAAAAAAGGCGCCUACGAAACUAAUGCCUCGGACACCGAUUUCCGCAAGAAAUACGACCGCGAAGCUAACGUAGCUAAAGCGCGCGAACAAGAAGCAAAAGAAAAAGAAGAAGGGCGUUUACGAUAUGAGGCCAAGCUUGCCGGUAAAAAAUACUACGCGCCUCUUACUGGCGACGAAACCCUUACAUCUGCGCGCGCAAACCGUCUCGAUGUAUCUGCCAAUGUAGGGAAAACUAUACUGAUGCCCGCGGGGGCGGCGACGGGCAAGAGAGGAAAGGGUGCAGGAUUCUACUGUCAGGCUUGUGACUUGACUUUUAAGGAUAGUUUGCAAUGGGUGGAACAUGAGAAUAGUAUGCAGCAUUUGCGGGCAAUAGGACAGACGGGAGAGGUUCAGAGAGCGAGUGCGGAGGAUGUGAGGAGGAGGAUUGAUGAGAUUUGGGAGAGGCUAGAGAGGGAGAAACAUGAGGAGGUUGUUACUUUGGGGGAGAGAUUGGAAGGAAGAAGAAUUGAGGAUGAAAAGGAAAGAGAGGAAAGGAAGCAGAAGAGGAGAGAAUUGGCCGAGAGAAAGAAGGAGGCAAAGGAUAAGGAAAUCGCGGUCAAGAAGGAAUAUGGGGAAGAUGUCAGGGUGGAGGGCGAACAUGACGAAGACGACAUGAUGGCUAGUAUGGGGAUCGUUGGAUUUGGAUCAUCGAGAAAGUGAAGAUAUAUUGUUUGCACAUGGGAUUUAGCGACGGUGUUCAGGACGGAGUACAUUAAGUGAUACAAGUUGUACAAUUGGGUUUUAUACAGGUCAAUAUAUAUUACA